AUGGUUGAGAGAAUUGAGAUUACUAAUGAGAAUAUGAAGGAUGAUGACGAGCUUGAAUUGUUGUUGGGUGAGAUCCCUCAUGCAACAUCACUUUCCCAUCAUCAUAAUCAUGACCAUCAUAGCCAUGUCAAUGAUGAUGGUUAUGUGCCUUUUGUUUCUCAGACCAUGAAUGGAUUAAUGAUGUGUGGUAUGUAUGAUGAUGACCCAUCAUGUAGUUACAAGCAGAAUACAUGUAUUUUCCCUCCUAGUACCACUUCUCUUCAAUCUAAUGGCUCCUUUUCAAGCUUCUUCUCUUCAUUAUCUGAUAAAGGAUCACCACCACCACCACCACCACCUCCAUUAGAUGAUCCCACCCCCAAACCCCAAUUGCUUUUCAGAAGUUACAGUUCUGUAUUGCCCUAUUCUUGUUUUGGGAAGAAAAUUGAUGAGAAUUGGUUUAAUGAAUUGGGUUUAGCAUGUAAUCAAGGGGAUGAUUUAGUUCAUGAUCAUAAUGUGGGAACUAAUCAAAUCAAUUUGACUAGAUUAGAAGCUUCUGAUACUUAUAGCAAACCCUUUUCUGAUUAUGAUGCACGUCAAUCUCAUGCUUCUAGAAGCUCCAUGUUUAACGGUGAAAUGAGUCCUGCUUUUUACGGCUUUCAGCAAAGCCAUGGCUUCCCAGGGAUGCAAAUCCCACCUGGUCAAGCUCAGAAUUUGUUCCCUGAAUCUAAUUUCCACAGAAAUGUGUUAAAUUUUCGGUUUCCUGUAAGUUAUCAGAGGGGAAUUCCAGCUUUAGAUUUAGCUGUUCCUAAUGGUUUAUAUCGUUCAAGACAAAAUGGGAUGUUGUUUAUGGAACCAGGGGGAAUUGGUCUACAACCAAAUUUAUCCAAUGGAAGGGCGGUUAGUGGUUCAAAUAUGGUCGAGGGUUUAGAAGCUAGUGAUGAUAGUUUGAUCAUUCAGGGUGAAAGUGUAAAUCAAGUGAGAAAGAAAGUAAUGGGAGGUUUUAGAGGACAAAAAAAAGAGUGUUCUUUACAUGAAAGUGGUCGUGAAAAUGGUCGAAUUGUAGGUGGUUGCGAAAAUGGUCGAAUUGCAAUGACACAUAGGUCUGCUCCUUCACCCAUUAGGUGUAACACCUUGGCGGAUGCUCAAGGGUACAUACUUAUGUUCGCUAAAGACCAAAAUGGGUGUCGAUAUCUGCAAAGUGCUUUUGAUGAGGGAAAUCCACAACAUGUGCAGAUGGUGUUCAAUGAGAUCAUUGGGGAUGUGGUUGAGCUUAUGAUCAAUCCAUUUGGGAAUUACCUUAUGCAGAAACUGUUGGAAGUCUGUAAUGAAGAACAAAAAAUGCAUAUUCUAAUGGAGGUCACUCGUGAGCCAAGGGAGCUUGUUCAAAUUUCUUUGAACACACAUGGGACAAGGGUGGUGCAGAAGCUCAUAGAAACACUCAAAACAAGACAACAAAUUAUGAUGGUUAUCUCUGCGCUUGAACCGGGAUUUCUUGCUCUUAUUAAGGACCUCAACGGUAACCAUGUCAUUCAGCGAUGCUUGCAGUGCCUCACCAACGAAGAUAAUAAGUUCAUUUUUGAAGCUGCUGCAAAGUUCUGUGUUGACAUUGCUACACAUCAACACGGGUGUUGUGUAUUGCAAAGAUGCAUCAAUCACUCAACCGGCAAGCACCAAGAAAGCUUAGUUCUUGAAAUUUCUUCAAAUGGACUUCUUCUAGCGCAAGAUGCAUUCGGAAACUAUGUUGUACAAUCUAUAUUGGAGCUACAAAUCCCAUCAGCAGUAUCGAUGCUGAUUUCUCAGUUCGAGGGAAAUUAUGUCCAUCUGGCGACACAAAAGUUCAGUAGCCAUGUUGUUGAAAAAUGCUUAUCGGUUCUGGAUGAUCGAGCCAGGUCCACCAUCAUUCGUGAACUGCUUUCUGCUACUCAUUUUGAACAGCUGCUUCAAGACCCGCAUGCCAAUUAUGUUGUCCAAACCGCCCUUCGUGUUGCUGAGGGCGCUCUUCAUAACUCGUUGGUGAAAGCGAUCGAAUCGCACAAGGCAAUAUCGAGAAACAGCCCGUAUUCAAAGCGGAUUUUCUCGCACAAGCUUUUGAAGAAGUGA